AUGAAAGUGGUACCUGUACCAAAAGAGUUUUUUGGAAAUUUUUUCCGUGGUGACUCAUAUAUCGUGUUGUCUAUCAAGGAAAUAAAAGGCUCUCUAGACAGUCAUAUUCACUUUUGGCUUGGAUCAGAAACUUCUCAGGAUGAAGCUGGUGUAGCUGCUUAUAAAAGUGUAGAAUUAGAUGACUUCUUGGGAGGUAGUCCUGUACAACAUCGUGAAGUAGAGGGAGCUGAAACCUCUCGAUUUGUCAGUUAUUUUCCCAAAGGUUUGACUGUAAAAGCUGGAGGUGUUAAGUCUGGAUUUAAUCAUGUUGAAGAAGUAUUUAAACCUAAAUUAUUACGGGUUAAAGGAAAGACUAUUCCAGUUGUCUCAGAGGUUGAAAUUGGUUGGGAAAAUAUGAAUGAUGGAGAUAGUUUUAUCCUAGAUCUAGGUCAAACUAUAUUCGCCUGGAUGGGAGGUAAAUGUCGCAGAUCUGAAAGACUAAGGGUAAGAAUUUUUUUAAGAAAUCGAUGUGUAUUCAGACAGUUGUCAGAAAUCUUCAGGUACAGUAACAGAUAA